GUAUCUUCUAGAUGUUAAUUUAUUGUAUAUUAUCUGCAUGCUGAGAAGACAAGAAGAAAAUGUUAUAAGAAAAGGCAUUGAGUUGAUGUUUACACUGGUGAAUAGUUUGGAUAAAGGCAAUGUCCCUCAUGCUACAUUGGAUCAGUCUGGAUAUAUAGAAAUUGCAGCCUGUAUGGAAAGAAUUAUGGUCAUGCACCCAUCAAAGAUAUUGAGACAAAGAGCAGUAGAGUUCAUAAAAGUUUACAUCACAAAGUUUGAUUGUCAAGGAAGAUACAAGUUAAUACGGCAUCUUAUUUCUAACACUAAACAUGCCGGCGUAUCUGGAUUAUUGACUGGUAUUGUGAAAGAUGAAAUUAACAAUGCAUUACAGAUAAAUGAAGGUUUGGAGUGGUUCGCUGGAAAACAGUUAAUGGAUUUAUUAAAAAUACCAAUGAAAUUAGAAAAAGGUCCGUUUAGUGAUUUCUUACAUGAGUCUGACAGAAUAAUGGCAGCUUUAAAUCUUUUGAGGUACUUAUUUUUGAGAGAUUCUGUGAGAGAUAACAGAACUGGAAUAUGGAGUGAAUAUGAAAACAUUGAAGAAGACUUUUUAAACGUGUUAUUGAAGGGUAUAGGACUAUCCAGAAAUCACUUUGCACAGGAAUUACAAGAUGUUAAUAAACAGAUAAGGAGUAAAAAAUCCCAAGACAGCAAAAUUUCAGUGACAGUUUCUGGUGAACAGCUUCCAGGCUUACUGCCAGAACAGCAGUUACAGGUUGUGAGGUCAGCUAUAUGUACACUGGAUAUGAUGUCAGAUGUAUUAACAAGAGUAUUUGAAGUCAUGACGUUAGAAAGAAAGAAAACUGGAUCAUCAAUUUAAUUUUUGUACAUGUAUGAUGUUGUGACAGUUAAAACAUACUUUUCUAACA